UGGCUCUUGCAUGAUACAACAUCAAAAUUGCAAUCCAUGUGUGCAUAAAUGAGUAUGUGUGAGUGCAGCAGUCUAUAGAUCUGGUAGCUCGACCGAUAAGAAAGCGCAAUCGAUUUCCCAUUCUACUUCCGAGUGUACUUUUUUUCGGCGAAUAACCGUUUUUGAGUAAGUCUUUUGUUAACGCAGCAUAAUGAUUUUCGAGACUGCCAUUGAGAAAGUCAUUGAAAAGAUCAGCUUUUCGGAGCAGGAUUACCAGACCUGCAUCAGCGAUGUGAAAUACAUAGUAGAUGCGCUGAACGCGGCUUCAAAAAAUAAAUCCACAUUUUUCAGCAACAUUUUCGCCGAACUGGGAAGCACAGUGACAUUUAUGAAAGGCAACGCCAUCGAUUCGAUGCCCGACUUCAAUUACUUUCUGCCCUUCAAGAUGCCACUGAAAAUGAAGCCAAUCUUUUAUUAUUUUAAUCGCAAAAACUUGCUGCGUCUUAAGAGCAAGGAGAAGCACGCCCUUGUCGAAGAUGGCUUCGUCUCGGCUGAGUAUUUCCACGUUCUGCUGAGCAAGCACGUUAAGAGCGUAAUCGAGGAGACGAAGACCAUUGAGUGCGCCGGCAGAAUCUAUGAAUUGACCUGGUACAUUCGCAAGAUGGGCAAUCAGAUCUUUGCGCACAACAUCAAGGCGGUCCAGGUGAAUGCAGACGAGCAGGAUCCGAUAAUAAUUACAUUUGAUUUUGUGCCCGUCUUCAAAUUUCUGAUGUACGAGACUCCGCUGCCCAAUAAUGUGGCCGACAAUGUGGAGGGUGCUCGCUACUGGAUUAUCUGCAGUGCCUUCAUACAGGAUGAGAUUUCAAUAUUCUCCAAGGUCACCCCAUACUGGCAGAUGCUGAAGCCUGCUCAGAAGGACAAGGCUAGAAACACAGUGCGUCUGAUUAAGGCUAUAGCCAAAAAGCACAAUGAGGAGCACUUUCUGGAGGUUUGCAGCUCCAAAAGCGAAAUAUUCUGGCGUGUUCAGGAGCUCGGAGAGGCCUACGACAACUAUACUCAACCGAUUUUUUUCCUGGAUAUAUACGCUCGUAUCAUCAAUAAUAUUUUUACCAAGUUCAGCCCUUUUCUGAAUUUGUCCAAGACUUUCAAGUUUCUGAAGCCGUUCGAUGAUGUCCUACACCUAAAUGAGUUUUUGAAGACCCUUCAGUGGAAUCGGGACAUCGACCUUAAUGAAGUGCUCCCAAUUUUUGGCCUGCCCAUCGAAAUAUGAUUACAAAUUUUCGUUUAUUUUUAUGCUGAUGUCUUAACUUCAGUUUUCAGUUUAUUUUUAUGUAUUUAUGAAUAGAUGGUUUAGAUACCAUAAACAAAGUAGAAAUCAAAACAAACUACGUCGUGCAUUCGAAUUUGGCAUGCAAAUUUUAUCAUAUCACAGCAAAUAAAAUGGAAUUUAAAAACAAAGCAAAAAAAAAGAAAAUAAAUGGGUAUUCCUAAGGCUCGUCUGCUUCGAUCUGCACAAAUCUGGGUUCUCCGUCCGUAACCUUGCCUUUGUGUAGCUCCGUUUAGUUGACAAAUCUGACCAAUUAAAAUUGUAUUUGUAUUUCUUUAUGCAGAGAUUUUUAUUGG